CGUGAAUGACAUAUUUGUCUGUGGCUGUAGUGGGUUAGGUUUUUGUUUGCUGUGCUUUCAGUCUCAUUUGACAUUUUGGGGAGAUAUUGUGUCUUUUUUAGUUCUCAAGUGUACUUUUUUAAAACUUUUUUUUUUCUGCUUUCAGAAGCUACUUGGCUCCUGCCCCACCCCCUCUCUACCUCAUUUUUUUGAAGAAGAUUAAACCAAACAAACAAUCAAACCCUUUGGAAGAAUGAGUACCUACAACAUUUCUCUGAGUGGGCCGGCCCCAUGGGGCUUCCGAUUGCAGGGAGGGAAAGACUUCAACAUGCCCCUGACCAUCUCCAGGAUCACCCCUGGGAGUAAGGCACAGCAGGGCAACCUGGUCCAGGGUGACAUCAUCGUGGCCAUCGACGGGGUCAGCACUGAGGGCAUGACCCACCUGGAGGCCCAGAACAAGAUCAAGUGUGCCAGCUUUAACCUGGCCCUCACCAUGCAGAAGUCAAAGCGCCCAGCUUUGCAAAGUGCCACCGCAAGAAUCGACUCUCCCAUGCAACAGAUCCCUCACCAGAAGGUUAUUUUCAACACUCCUGCCAACAACGAGUACAUCCCCAACUUCAACCCCAAUGUGCUGAAGGACACUGCCCUGUCCACCCACAAACCCAUCGAGGUGAAGGGUCCUGGGGGCAAGGCCACCAUCAUCCAUGCCCAGUACAACACCCCCAUUAGCAUGUACUCCCAGGACGCCAUCAUGGACGCCAUCGCCGGACAGUCCCAGUCCAAGGGCCACGAGGGCGGAGAGGAAGUCCCAGCCGGCUCCCCCUUGGCCGAGCAGCCACCCCCAGCCACCCAGACACAGCCAGUGGCCCCUGAGGCCCCUGCAGUCCCCUCUGGGGCACCCCGCCACCUGACGCAUGCAGCCUCCCAUAUCUCGUCUGCUCUGAUUACACAGUCUAGGUACAGUUGUCACUCAAUCACUCCCCCUGUCCCAGUUUCUACCUUUUAUGUCAGUCAGGAGAUAGGCCACUGUGUGGAUUUGGUUGAGAUAGGAGGGGGAGAAGCAGGUACAGAUGCUCGUACAUAUUUGCUAUUUUAUGGGGGGCCAGAGAAGAGGUUUGUGAGGAAUAUGGAUUGGGUUGGGAGAGCUUUAUUUUCUGAUGCUGAAAUAGUGGAUGUAAGAGUAUACAGGGUGUCAAACAGGAUUUAUUUGGAUUGUCCACAAUAGAUGAUCUAUAGAUGCUCAAACUAUUAGCAAACUACCAACUGCAAGUCAGUUUAUAUGCAACAGCUUGCUAGGGUUGGCGAAUAACUCUCUUCGACAUAAUUACAUGAGCCAGAUAUUGCAUCUUGGUGAAAUACCCCAGAUCACCCCAUUGGACCUCAGAACCUUCAAUGGGGGUGUCUGAGAUCAUUUUCUUAGACUACUGGAUUAGGUUUUUGGACCAUCGAGAGGCAUGGUGUCUAUACUACUUUAUUGCACCCUCCGAAAACUAUUUUGGACCAUCACAGCAGAUUAAAUGAAUUUCCAUGUAAAUGGACAAUAAAGUAUAUCAUAUCGUAUCCAUGAAUGGUGGUUUGUCAGUAGGAUUAAAAAUCACAUAAAAAAUGGUGUCCCAUCUACUUGCAGGGUACCACGAAAGGCCAUACAUAUUGAGAUUGGGCAGAUACGAUAGUUAUUGUUAGUGGGCAAUUUGUUGACAGUUAGUUGAACAUGUAUAAAACAUCUACUAAGGACUCUCCAACUAAAGUGUUACCUUCUAUUUUGCAUUACAGUGUAGUAUUUCAGAGGGUUUAAGAUGGCAUAACAAAUUCUAAGUUCUCAUUGUGUAUGUGGAGGGAAUUGGAGUGAGCCCUAAACCGUCUCUCAGACCUCUCUUGUUGGCUCUCGUUAAGAAACAAGGUUUAUAAGCAAGGGCCACCGCCCACCUCUGCGCUGGAGGCUCUGUCAAUCACCCCAGUGUUCCGAACCAGCACUUUGCCCAAACGAAAGCGCACCCUGCCCUCUGGGAAACCCAAGCACCUGAGGUACACACGCACCUGGACAGACUGACACAGUGACAGAGAUACUGACCACGUCACAGACAGUGGGGUGCAGAGUUGCUUAGGUACGUGGGAUAGGGGACAGGAGGGUAAAAAAAAAAAGUCAACUUUGGGACACUAGCCGGAUCAAAGGCGCAAGGCCAUGACUGCAGCGUUGCUUCAUUCGCAUUGGCCAUGUUUCAUAAGAAAAUCGGAUUAUUUACAUCUGUCGCAGCAUGAAAAGUGGUGCAAAAUUAACUGCGACAGCCCCAAUUGGAUACAUGCUAUUUUAUGGGACAGCAAUAGGUCGGUGCAACUUUUUUGCUCGCCUGCACCGGGUCCAACUUCUCUCCAAAAGCUCUUUGCAUUAGCUCUCUCCAUUAUAGCUGAAUGGAUAGGAAAAUGUCCACGAGGCUUGAUGUGCAGACUGUACACUGCAGAUUGUCUAAAGGGACAAGCAGAGGAAUGUAAGCUCAUGUGGGGGUUUGGCAGCAUUUGCGAUUGCUGACUGAAGUUUUUGUUUGACUAAUUUGCACCUCUUUCUCCACAAUGUCAAUAUUCCCUUCACAAUUAUUAAUGGUUAGAUAUGUUUGACCCCAAUAUAAAAAAAAAAAAAACAUUUAAUGCUGAAUGUAGCUAACAUCACGCUGAGGUUGACUUUUCUGACAUUCCAUCUCUCAUCUAGAAUUUGCAGGUCACCCUGUUUCUUCCAUUAACACACAUACAAAAUCCCCACAGGCCCGUUCAAGUCUGGACCUUUGCAUGUCAUAGUAAGGAACGGCGGACUCUCGGAGUUGGUAUUAAUGGGCUCUGUUCAACCUGUGAAGGCCACAUAAUUAGUGAUAUGAGAGUAGUUCACGCGGUAGUGCACAUAGUAGUCCAGUUAGUGAUUGUACCACCUUGUGUGAUGGCGGUAGCUCCUCUAUCCCACGCUCUCCCAUGCUCACUCUGCACGUCACUGCUCAACUGCAUGCUCACACACUGGCUUGACUAAUUAUGAUCUGGGGGGGGUAGUUUGUCAUAGAACAGCAGAAGGGCGUAACACUUGGAUGUCAAUCACAAUCAUUUGUAUCCUGCAAAUCAGUGAUGUACUAAAUCGUUAUCUAUGGCUGUGAUGCACCAUUCUAGUCCACUACUGAAUGGCUAACUGGUGGCUACAGGCAAUAGCAGCUGUUGAUCGAUGUAAUGCUUCAUAGUACAAUAGCUGAAAGGGUCAUAUUAUGUGGGCUAGAAUGCUGUCGAAUCUGGUACAAAUUGAACACAAUUUAAAAUGUGACACUUAUCACAAAAGAUGACUAUUUUCUGUGCUUGUAUAAUACCCUCUGAUUUGUCAGUGUCUAUAAAAUGACCUGUUUUGCUUUGCAUAACAAGGGGGUUUAUGCUACUUAUGACUCAAUGAUCCCCAAGGUUGUUUGGUUCAGCCAACCAUUGUAGAGGGUCAAUUUUUUUGUUUUGUAUCAACAGCUGUGUUUUAAUAACGAAAGAAAUAAAAUCUAACCUUUAAUUUAAUAGUGGUAUUUUAUAGGGAUCUCCUGGAGCCAGUGUGUUUACCACAGUUGCUUAAAACUGUGAAGGCUAUAUCAACUCAUGAUGUGCAGUGAAGGGUGGUUUGAAGUGAAUUCAUCUCGCCUGCAUGGUAGUGUGUUUUUGAGAAGUGGUCCUGUGGCUCACUUGAAAGUUUCCUAAUAAUUGUGUCAUUGAAAAGAAAACAAUGUGGGUUGGAUGUGUUACCAGGAGUGUGUGUGUGUGUGUGUGUGUGUGUGUGUGUGUGUGUGUGUGUGUGUGUGUGUGUGUGUGUGUGUGUGUGUGUGUGUGUGUGUGUGUGUGUGUGUGUGUGUGUGUGUGUGUGUGUGUGUGUGUGUGUGUGUGUAGUAUCAAUAUAGUUUCCUUGAAUGAUGGGGAUAAAUACAGAUAUGGUAUGUAGGAGCUUAGAUGUGUAUUGAUUUGGUUUGGCAAUGUUAGGAUCAUGGAUUUUCAGAACCUGUUUAAUUUUGUCUCUCUAGGAUAUAUAUAUAUAUUUCCUUUGUGUGUGAAUGUGUGCUCUCACAAAGGUAUUGCUAUGAAACCAAGUUCACCUAUACUUCAAAGAGACUGCUGAUUGGGUGCUGCCCUUUCUUCGAAAGCUACACAGCUGACUCUGUGGUCAAACUAGGCUGACUGACUAGCAGUUAGAAUGAAACUGCUGUGAUCUGAUAAUGUUACAAUAUGUGAGAAAUCCGACGACUCUUACUUUCCUUCAGUAAACAGUGGAGAAAAGUUACAUCUGCACAUGCAAUAUUUAAAAACCGGAUGCCAUUAUCGGAAACGAACUCCUUGGGCAGCACGGCAUCAUACAGGUAUAGGUGUACAUGGCCUUCAUCCAAAGAGCUAUUUUUGACCCGUUUUUGACCCUUGACCCUUUUUGUUUCUGAUGCG